UUUCCAGCACUGGCCACUAAACCACCGCGAUGGGAUCCAAAUUACAUUGUCAAAGGUACUCUGUAUAUACCAUAUGCUGAAAUUGCUGAACCAUUCUAUGCCUGGUAUGAUAAGAAUACAAACCGUUCACGUAUCGAUUAUUAUGGUGGUAUGGUGAAAACAUAUCAAUUGGGUAAUGAGCAUCCCUAUGGAACGUCAUUGAAAUUGGCACCAAUAACGACACGCGAUGAGCUGAAUAAAGUAACAUGUCUACAGUUGAAUGGUACAGCUGACAGUCCCGUUGAGAUACAAUCAAUACUACCAUAUGUCAAGGAUUUCACGCUAAUUGGAACUGAAACAUUUUUGGGUUUUACAUGUGAUAAAUUCCGUUUGGAAGAAACGAUAGGACAAAAGAAAAAUGUGUAUACGUUGUGGGUGCGCUAUAAGAAAUCUCCUAAAUAUCCCGCAUCGCGUAUGCCAAUACCAGUACGUUAUGAAAUGCGCGGUUACAACACUCUAUUGGGUUCACAUUAUGAUCACUACUAUUUGGAUUAUGAUAGCUAUGAACAUGAUGAUAUUCCCAAUGAAGUUUUCGAAUUGGAUGAUGAUAUGCAGUGUGUUGCAUUCCCGGGACCCGGUAAAGGUCAUUAUGCCACAUUUAAUCCAAUGAAAGAAUUUGUCCAUCCUGCCGUUGAUCAUCAUGUGGAUCAUCAUUUUGAAGAGUUUAAAAACAAACACAACAUUGACUACAGGACUGAGCAUGAACAUGAAUAUAGGAAGAAUGUUUUCAGGCAGAAUUUGAGAUUCAUCAAUUCCAAGAAUCGUGCAAAAUUAAGUUACACCUUGGCUGUAAAUCAUUUGGCUGAUAAGACCGAUGAGGAGUUGAAGGCACGUCGUGGUUUUAGAUCAACGGGUGUUUACAAUACCGGUAAACCAUUCCCCUACAACACGGCCAAAUUGAGGGAUCAAAUUCCCGAACAAUAUGAUUGGCGUAUAUUUGGUGCUGUGACUCCAGUUAAGGAUCAAUCGGUUUGCGGCUCUUGCUGGUCGUUUGGCACCAUUGGCCACAUUGAGGGUGCCUACUUCCUUAAGAAUGGCGGCAACUUGGUGCGUUUAUCACAACAAGCUUUAAUUGAUUGCUCCUGGCAAUAUGGCAACAAUGGUUGUGAUGGUGGUGAGGAUUUCCGUGCCUAUCAAUGGAUUAUGGAAAUGGGUGGUGUACCCACUGAAGAGGAAUAUGGUCCAUAUUUGGGUCAAGAUGGAUAUUGUCAUGCCAAAAAUGUUUCACUUGUGGCCCCAAUUAAAGGUUUCGUAAAUGUUACCUCCAACGAUCCAGAAGCCUUUAAAAUUGCCCUACUUAAACAUGGCCCCCUGUCGGUGGCCAUUGAUGCCUCACCCAAAACAUUCAGUUUCUAUUCACAUGGUGUCUAUUAUGAGGCCACAUGUAAAAAUGGUUUAGAUGAACUAGAUCAUGCCGUAUUGGCGGUGGGUUAUGGCACCAUAAAUGGUGAAGACUAUUGGCUUGUGAAGAAUUCCUGGUCAACAUAUUGGGGUAAUGAUGGUUACAUUUUAAUGUCAGCACGUAAAAAUAAUUGUGGUGUUAUGACAAUGCCAACUUAUGUAGAAAUGUAA